AUGUUGUCAGAAAAUGCCGGUCCUGGGCUAUAUGGUGAUUCCUACUUCUUUAACAUUGUGAACUCAGAUGAAGACUUGUCCACGACAAAAACAAUGGUGGAGAAAGUGAAGAAGAAGAAGAAGAAGAAGAAGAAGAAGAAGAAGAGGAACCCAAAGGAUUCCAAGAAGGGACCCAACACCAAGAAAUCCAAGACUGAUGUUUCCGUCUCGAAGAAAACAGAACCGGCAAAGGAGGGAGAAAAGACCAUUCCUUCUGUUCCUGAGGAACCUAUAGUGCCAAGCACCAAGAAAUCCAAGACUGAUGUUUCUGUCUCGAAGAAACAGGACCGACAAAGGAGGGAGAGAAGACCAUUCCUUCUGCAAGGGUCUCCUCGAGGGAGACGUAACCAUUCUGCAGGAGGCCCUUCUGCUGCAGUUUAUACCUUUGGCGAUCCGCCAACAAUUGAACGUCCCUUGCUGGAAGAGUUUGCUUGUUCUCUGACUGAGGCUGACGGCCUGAAAAUGAUGAGCACAGUGAUGAUGAACUAUACAAAGAGAUCCAGGGACUUAAGGUUGGAGCUAGCUAAAGCUCGUGCCGCGAGGGACCAGGCUUUAAUCGAGCAACUGGCACUCGAGGAGAAAAAUCAACAGCUGCAAUCCAAGGAGAAGGAGCUGGCUGUGGCACAAACGCAGCUUGAGGAUCCGAAUCGAAAACUCCAGGAAUACAGUAAUCUUCACAUUUCCAAGAAAGAUAUCAACAAGUGGUGCACCACUUUCUGGUGGAGGAUGUUAUCCACAGGUGGGAUGACUGCAGCCGUAGAGGAGGUCAACACGGCCUCGGUUGCGUAUGGUGGCCAUGAAGUUGCUAUUGCAGGCCAAAAGAGACUCAAGUAA